GCGCUGGGCGGCUGCGGAGCCAGUCGGGACGGAGGAGACAAGAUGGCGCUGCGGGCGAUGCGGGGGAUCGUGAACGGGGCCGCACCCGAGCUACCCGUGCCCACCAGUGGGCCUGUGGUGGGAUCUCGGGAGCAAGCGCUGGCAGUUAGCCGGAACUACCUUUCCCAGCCUCGCCUCACAUACAAGACAGUAUCAGGAGUCAAUGGUCCACUAGUGAUCUUAGAUCAUGUUAAGUUUCCCAGAUAUGCUGAGAUUGUCCACUUGACAUUACCAGAUGGCACAAAGAGAAGUGGGCAAGUUCUAGAAGUUAGUGGUUCCAAAGCAGUGGUUCAGGUAUUUGAAGGGACAUCGGGUAUAGAUGCCAAGAAAACAUCCUGUGAGUUUACUGGGGAUAUUCUCCGAACACCCGUGUCCGAGGAUAUGCUUGGUCGGGUCUUUAAUGGAUCAGGCAAACCCAUCGACAGAGGUCCUGUUGUACUGGCUGAAGACUUUCUUGACAUCAUGGGCCAGCCAAUCAAUCCUCAGUGUCGAAUCUAUCCAGAGGAGAUGAUUCAGACUGGCAUUUCGGCCAUAGAUGGCAUGAACAGUAUUGCUCGGGGGCAGAAAAUUCCUAUCUUCUCUGCUGCUGGCUUACCACACAAUGAGAUUGCAGCACAAAUCUGUCGCCAGGCUGGUUUGGUAAAGAAAUCCAAAGAUGUAGUGGACUACAGUGAGGAAAAUUUUGCAAUUGUAUUUGCUGCUAUGGGUGUAAACAUGGAAACUGCCCGGUUCUUCAAAUCUGACUUUGAAGAAAAUGGCUCAAUGGACAAUGUCUGCCUCUUUUUGAACUUGGCUAAUGACCCAACUAUUGAGCGAAUUAUCACUCCUCGCUUGGCUCUUACUACAGCCGAAUUUCUGGCCUAUCAGUGUGAGAAACAUGUAUUGGUUAUCCUAACAGAUAUGAGUUCUUAUGCUGAAGCCCUUCGAGAGGUUUCAGCAGCCAGGGAAGAGGUGCCUGGUCGGCGAGGUUUCCCAGGUUACAUGUAUACAGAUUUAGCCACGAUAUAUGAACGCGCUGGUCGAGUAGAAGGUAGAAAUGGCUCAAUUACUCAAAUCCCUAUUCUCACUAUGCCUAAUGAUGAUAUCACUCACCCCAUCCCUGACUUGACUGGAUAUAUUACAGAGGGGCAGAUCUACGUGGACAGACAGCUGCACAAUAGACAGAUUUACCCACCUAUUAAUGUGCUGCCCUCAUUAUCGCGGUUAAUGAAGUCUGCCAUUGGAGAAGGUAUGACCAGAAAGGAUCAUGCUGAUGUAUCUAACCAGCUGUAUGCAUGUUAUGCUAUCGGUAAGGAUGUACAAGCCAUGAAAGCCGUUGUUGGAGAAGAAGCGCUAACCUCAGAUGAUCUUCUUUACUUGGAAUUUCUGCAGAAGUUUGAGAGGAACUUCAUUGCUCAGGGUCCUUAUGAAAACCGCACUGUCUAUGAGACUUUGGACAUUGGCUGGCAACUGCUCCGAAUCUUCCCCAAAGAGAUGCUGAAGAGGAUCCCUCAGAGUACCCUGAGUGAAUUUUACCCUCGAGACUCCGCAAAGCAUUAGCUGCUACUGCAUUGCUGGCUUGAUACACUUGUGAAAUACUGGUUCUGUUUUCUUUAUUCCUUUUGCACUCCCCCAGUCCCCCAUCUUUGUGUUGGAGUUUACGUUGUUACCCUGUAAUUAAAAACAAAGAAUAGGUAACAUACUG